UCCAAAGUAUGUGGCAGCGUGGACUGUGAUCUAGAAUCAAUCACGGGCGUCCUCGACUUCUCGAGUCCAGCUGCGCCUUUCUCUUGUUAUUACUCUUAAGGUGUAGUUUAUGCACUGUGACAUCACGCAACGAGCUGCGUCUGCCUCGAGGUCAACCUUGGGGCGAAUCCGCAACAUCUUCGAAAACCCAUUGCCCUUUUCUUAUUUAUAUAUGCUUCUGAAUAUUGCUCAGUUUGUCUUUGGGCACAUUCUUUUAACCCUCGUGGAUUCACUACCAUGCUGUUAUUCGUGGACUCUGACGAGCUCCUUCGAGCCAAGAUACCGGCGCGGGCCUUGGGGCAACGAACUCAACACACAGUAUAGAGCUCCCGGCCACGGUGGCAAAAACGCUCGGUCAGACAUGAAACCAAUAAUGAAUGCCAAUGUUGGCGGUCUGGAGCCCUUGGGAGAUUCAAACUGGACAUGCCAAACAGACGCUUGUAAACACCCAAACCAGACGACAUGGGAUAGCAAGAGCUUUAACAAUUAAUAAUUGUUGAGGAAAUCCUUCGGGAACCCGCGCCUGGGCGAACUGUUGCCCGGUAGAUGUGCCGGCCUGCGGGCAGAGCAGUUCUCAGACAUCACUGCAUUGUAGCCUCAAGGAUUCGACCACUGCAGAUGAGCAAAGG